CCCAUGGUCACAAAAGCCCAACAAUGCUGUCAAAAAUAUUAGAAAGAAUACUUUAUUCCAAAGCCUGUGAAUCAGAGGAUUGUGUAAAGAAGUUACUCUAAUCUAAAUGUCUCCACACAGUGGAAUGCAGCUGGUAACUCCAAAGGGUGACUGACACGCCUCCGGAGCAGCCACGCCCUUGGAGGGCUGUGGAGGGGCCAGGCCAGGUCUGAAGCUGGUCCAGUGCAGUCAUGGGGGUAGCUCUGGAGCAGUUCUUCAUUUUUGUAGGGCUGCUGGCGUGCCUGGCGUACCUGGUGAAGUGUGUGAGAUUCUCCAAAUGUAUUUUUCUGCACUUCUGGAAAGUUUUGCCAAGGUCUUUCUUGAAGUCAAUGGGACAAUGGGCAGUGAUCACUGGAGCGGGAGAUGGGAUUGGGAAAGCUUAUUCAUUUGAGCUAGCAAGACAAGGACUCAAUGUUGUGCUUAUCAGCCGGACACUGAAAAAACUACAGGCCAUUGCUGCGGAGAUUGAGUGUACCACAGGGAGUAGCGUGAAGAUUAUACAAGCAGAUUUUACCAAAGACAACAUCUACGAGCAUAUUAGAGAAAAACUUGAAGGCUUAGAAAUUGGAAUUUUAGUCAACAAUGUCGGAAUGCUUCCAAACUUUCUCCCGAGCCACUUCCUUGAUACACCAGAUGAAAUCCAGAGUCUCAUCCACUGUAACAUCACCUCAGUAGUGAAGAUGACACAGCUAAUUCUGAAACACAUGGAAUCAAGGCGGAAAGGGCUCAUCUUGAACAUUUCUUCCGGGGUGGCCCUCUUUCCCUGGCCACUCUACUCCACGUAUUCAGCUUCCAAGGCUUUUGUGUGUACGUUUUCCAAAGCCCUGCAAGCAGAAUAUAAAAGGAAAGGAAUCAUUAUCCAGGUGCUGACCCCCUAUGCUGUUUCAACCCCAAUGACAAAGUAUCUAAACACCAACAUGGUAACCAAGACUGCUGAUGAGUUUGUUAAAGAAUCACUGAAUUAUGUCAUGAUUGGAGACGAAACCUGUGGCUGCCUCAUCCAUGAAAUCUUGCGGAGCUUCCUGAACCUGAUCCCAUCCUGGGUUUUGUACAGCAGCACAUUCCAGAAGAAAUACAUGGACUACCUCAAGCACAAUACCAACACCAUAUAGUCCAAGUGGGCUGAUGCUCCAUCCAGCAUUGUUCUCCAAGUUCCGUGUUGGCUGCAGAAAACUUAUGAGCAGACCAGCACCUGCCACUCCUCUGAAGCUGGAGAUGCUGUGUCAUGAAUACAGUACUGAAAAUACAACUUUUUUUUUCCAUUUUACUUGAGUCUGGAGAUCUUUGGAAAAGCUGUAGUGUAAAAAUGUGUUGUGCAGUGGGGUUUUGUGGCUUUCUGUGUGAGAAGAUGGGAGUGUCUAUAGGAGAAACUAGAGGAAUUUCUACAUGGGAUUAUAACAUAAAUGUGGUGAGAAGAAAGCCUUUGAUACUUGGCAUAUUCAGAACAAUUAUACCUAUAAGCUACUUUAUAGCUAUGUUAAAGAAAGUCUGAAGGGGACACCUUGGUGGCUCAGGCAGUUAAACGUCCCACUCUUGAUUUCUGCUCAGGUCAUGAUCUCUCAGUUUUAUGAGUUUGAGCCCCAAGUCAGCUUCUGUGCCCUGACCAUGUGGAGUCUGCUUGGAUUCUCUCCCUCUCUCUCUGUCCCUCCUCUGCUCAUACUUUCUCUGUCUCUCUCAAAUUAAAUAAACUUAGGGAAAAAAAAGAAUGUCUGAAGUUACUAAACUUUACCAAGACUGCUCUCGUCCUAGAGCACUCAACCUGAGCUCUUUAGAGACCCAGAAAACUCUAGGGGAAGGUUGUGCAGGCAACAGCUGCAUCAGGCCAGUUUCUGGGACCCUCCCAUUUCAACUAAUGCAUAACCAGCUUUAUCUAUUUUAUUUAUAUUUGGGGUUCUAUGUCAGGCUGUGCUCACAAAAAUAAAACAGAAAAGCAUAUAUUGAUAAAAAUAGUUUAAAAACCAUUACUCUAAUGCAGGAGUUGAUACCUGCAGAAAUGAAAUUUUUGUAAGUCUCCAGCUUUAAGGGUGCUGGGCUGAGGGCUUUACUUGUCAACACAUGGAGAUGGUGUUUUGGGGAACUAUUAUCCAUCAGCUCUUGAGGGAGUUGGAGGAGGAGCACAGCAGCAGGCAACCCUGUUUUGGCUGGCCUUGGUCAAGAGUGUUACCCCCAUGACAUCACCGUGCUCUAGGUGCUGCUGACACUUGGUGGCACUCAUCUUUUCUGAGACCAUCAUUGGCAUUAGUAGUGUGAAAAAAGAAUUUAUGUAUUGCUGCUCUAUUUAUAAAAGGAGUCUGGGAGAUUUGGUUGGAAUUUAUGGGACAUUUUGAUAUUCUGGGGGAAGCACAGGGUAGAUAGAACAUUUAAAACCUUGGUAAGGUUGGAAAUCAUGGGCUGUAAUAUCAUAGCUUUUAUUAAGCCUGCUCUGGGGAAAAGACUGGGAAAAGUUAUUCAUUCUGAGGUGUAGAUACCUACUUAAAUUUUCUCAAUUAUGGGUAACAAUAACUACAGUACAGAAUGUUUUUACAGUGCCCAUAUGUAUUGGUUAUUUACUUGUUGUCUUCCGUCCUAAGCCCCACCUUUCAUACUCUGAUCUAUGAUGCUGGGCUAGGAAGUUUCAGACUCUGGUCUUAAGACACUUAUGCCAGCUGGUUUUGCAUUAGAUUCUGCCCAUGGGAGGCCAAUUUGGGAGAGAAAAGGAGGUAGGAGGGCCAGGGAAACUCCUUCCUAUUCACACUCUUAUUACCAUCCUUCUGCAGAGGGGACAGUGUUAGCCACACUCAGCACCAACCAGGAAGCAGCCUGCAAGGAUGUACUACCACCCUUCACAAUGCCCCGUUUGGGCAUUGACCAGGCAGCGGUUCCCCCUUGGAGCACUCAGUUCCUAGAAACACCACCUCCUCCACUGGUUCUACCAGUCCUGCAGCCACUAAUAGCUGAGUUACCUAGUAUCCUCUUUUUGCCCUUUCAGCCUUCUGAAUUUAGUGUUACCAAUUCCUUCUACUCAAUCCCUUCUGUUUGAAAUGCUCAGUGUGCUUUCUCUUUUUGUUAUUGGCCCUGGCUGAGACUUUCAGUUGAUUAUCUUGACUGAUCUAGGAAGCUGAGUGGGUUGAAUCUUUUUUUGACAAUGAAGAAUCAGAAACUCAGAGUUCUGAAACUGAAGGCAUGAUUGAUCAAUUUGAGGAAUUAUUUGCAAAUGUGUGGGGAGGCCAUAGAGAAGUCAUCGGAGUUAGUAGAGUGGUGCUUUUAUUACCCCAAAGCCUGAAGGGGCUGGGAAGGGAGCAAUUACAGACCCAAUGAGAGAGACAGAGAGAGGAGGCUGGUGGUCAGAGGAAGGGAGAGGAAGAAGGAGAGGGCUGGAGAAAGAACAGUGUAAGGAUCGCUGUCUCAGAGGAGCUGUGACCCUUGGCUGAGAGAAGCUGACAAGUUGUGGCCACCCCAUAGAGAGGGAGAGAGGAUUGUGAUAUUGUGAUUUCUAAUAAUAAAUAUAUGUUAUCUUCAUCUCUAUUCCUUGGAAUUUCCCAGGUGAUAAGAGCAAUAAGUGUGUCAUUUUUAUUCGUAACAAGCCGCUUUUCAAACAUGCUUGAGUUUAUAUUAAUGAGGUGACUUUUGGAAAGCCCCUAAGGAUGGAGCUGGUUGCCAGAGGAACUGACCAUGUGAUUAGAAGGUUGGAACUUUCAUUCCUACUCCACAAUCUUUGGGGAGGGGAGAGAGGGUGGAGGUUGAGUUCAAUCACUAAUGACCAAUGAUUUAAUCAAUCGUGCCUACAUAAUGAAGGCUUUAUAAACUAUGGGUUUUGGAGAGCUUCUAAGGUUGGUGAACAUGUGGAGGUGCUAAGAAGGUGGCAUGCCUGGAGAGGGCAGGGAAGCUCCAUGCCUUUUCCCAUAUACCUUGCCCUCUGUAUCUCUUAUAUCCAGCUGUUCCUGAGUUGUAUUCUUUUAUAAUAAACUGGCAAUCUAGUAAGUAAA